CAGUGACGCUUGGACAGAACCCCGUAUUUUUCGGCAUGUCAAGCAAUACCACAGUUCCCAAAGUGGGAGAACAGGGGGGAGUAAUCCCGACUGGAAAGGAGAAGCAGUGCUGUGUGUGAGCGCCGAGGGACACAGAGGGACGCAGAGGGACGCAGAGGGACGCAGUUCAGACGAAGGCGUUGCUGUCUCUCAUUUUUAAGGAGGAUGACUCCCACGUUGCAGAGCCAGUGUUUGCUCUGUCAGGUACAACAGCUGCUUUAGAUAAUCCCAGCCGAGUGACGUUAUUGGAUGCGUUCCUGCUGCGCCACACAAUGUCAACAGCUGGACUUGCAGCUCAGGAGAUCAGCGUGCCAUUGAAAAGUGGAUUCCUCCACGGCACGGGCAGCGCGAAGACCUGCUGGGAACAGCACAGCGGGCUGGAGAACUUGUACUUCAGCCUUGACCCAGGGUCGAUGGGGUACCACCUCAAACAGCACCAGCAGGUCCCUGCGUCUCUGGGGUUUGAGAGGCAGGCUCCUCACACGGAGUUGUUGAACUCUCACUGCUGCCCCGGGAGCGGCAUGCAGCUGCCGCCCAAGAAGUCUCGUCCGUCUCUGCUCAACCUGUCCUCUGUCACGGAGCCUUCCUUCCACAGCUCUUCUGAGGAGGACCAGGUGGUGCCCUCCUUCAAGAGGCUGUCCGUGAACGGAGGGUCCUUCUACGAGCGCACCCCUCCCCACACCCCGCUGAGGUCUGGGGAGCGAGGAGCCAAGCCCCUGCCCCCUCUCCCUGGCCCUGGGACCGGCGGGGAGCUCUCCCCGGACGAGGUGGACAGCGAGGUAGAGUUCUUCACCAGCUCGGACAGUAUCUCCCUGGUGCAGGACAAACCCGCCGCCUUCCGCCACAGCGCUGCCAGCCGGCGGAGCUUCAGGGGGUGCGGCCAGGUCAACCUUGCUUACUUCGAGGAUCCCAGCGGGCCGCGGAUCGAGGAGGAUCGCUCGGCGCCAGCGUCCUCCUGCCCGCCGCAGCACGUCGAAGAGAAACUGGCAGUGGUGAAGGAGAGCGCCUGUCGCAGGCAGCACGAGCGCCCCCACCGCCGGCUCAGGAGGUCACACUCUGGCCCAGCCGGCUCUUUCAACAAGCCCGUCCUGAAGCUGAGCUGCCACCGGGCCUCCCAGCAGGACUCUGAGGACAAGCCGGUGGUCCCUCCCCGGGUGCCCAUCCCGCCCCGGCCUGUUAAAGCAGACUACAGGCGGUGGUCUGCGGAGGUUGCCUCCUCCAGCGUGUACAGCGAUGAGGAUAAGCCCCCCAAGGUGCCCCCCAGGGAACCUGUGCCACGUAGCAGCUCCCGGACCCCCAGCCCCAAGAGUCUCCCCACGUACACGAACGGGGUGAUGCCCACCACCCAGAGCUUCGCCCCCAACCCCAAAUACGUGAGCGCCAAGGCCCUCCACAGGCAGAACAGCGAGGGGUCCCCCACCCGCUCCCCCUGCAUACUCCCUAUCAUGGAGAACGGACGCAAGGCCAGCACCACUCACUACUACCUCCUGCCUGAGCGGCCAGCCUACCUGGACAGGUUCGAGAAGUUUUUCAGCGAGGCAGCCUCUACGUCCUCAUCCUGCACUGCUUCCACGACCACCGCUCCACUACCGGAGUUCAGCGGGGUAGCCGACAACUCAGACUCCAAAUGGCAGCCCUGGUCUUCAGGGGGCUGCCUGUUAACCAUACCUCAGGGUUCGAACAGACUGGUGGACUCCAGAGCCAAGCCCGACACUGUCAACCACGUGCAACAGAAACAGCUUUUGGACAUCGUAUCGCUGUAGACUUGAGCUGUGAACUGAACGCGGAGGGGAGGGGAAAGAGACCAGUAGUGAGAUAUUUACAGGUGUUCUUGUUAGAAGCUGGUUACAGUAACCCACAGUGCUGGCCUGUUGGACUGUCACUCACUCACUUACAGUAAGAACUGCCAGGUGGUUUGUUUUAGGUAUUUUAUUUUUUUGUAACUCAAAUGCAUCCUCUUAUCAAGUGAGAUUAGUUAAUGUUUGAGAAUGUUUAGAGAGAUAACAUUACAAUAUCUAAGUUUGCUCAUACAAGCAAGUCAUAAUGUCUGUUUUGGGGAAUCUAGCUGUCUCUGAAAUGUGUUAUUUUUGCUAUUGUAUUAUUAAUAUUAUUGUUGCUAUAUUGAGGUUUUUCGUGAUGACAUAAGCUGGACUUAUGAGCAAGAUGAGUGCAUGUUGAGGAGAGGAUGCUACAGACUGUGUGGUUUUGUGUGUCUUUGUUGGCAGGGCUGGUUUUUGCCUUGUAUUGUCAGAGCGUGCGUGUGUGUGUCAGCCCGGUCCCUUAUUGAAAUUGUGAAACAGCUGAAAUCUUUCUAAUGCCUUUACUUCUUUGCCUGUGGUUCAGGCUCCAGCCUCACUGAACUGGAUCAGUUAAUUUUACUGAUAUGCAUAUAGGUGUGGCGUUUUGAAAGCCAGGUGAUUCACAGAAUACUCAAAAACUGUGUUCUGUGUGCCAACUGUACGAGUCAAACUUUGAACCCCCAAUUUGAAAAACCAAACUCAAUUGUCCUUUGCAUUCGUAAGACCUUUUUGAGGGGGGGAGCCCUGGGGGGGAAACAACAACUGUGGAGCCUGGAUUUAUACAGACUGCUCCGUUAGAAGGGUUUGUUGUAGCGGUUUAAAGUUUGAUAUGGAAAUCUCCCAGUAAAUAGCACGUUUACUUUUAUUUCUGUCCUGUUCUGUGUGGCAGCUCAGUUGAACUUUGCUACUGAAAUGCACGAUAGCUUGUGCAAGCAUUCAAUUGUAUUUUAUUUUGAAAACUGCUCCUCCUGGAAAGAUUGAUUGAGCAGGUGAAUCAUGGAGAGGCGGUGUUAUUUUAAUUAAAUCCAUGCCUAAGCGUUUGUUUUUUUACAAAGUACUGUUCUGCGUAGCACAGUACGGGACACUCUCAGUAUUUUUUGUCUUCGGAGCACAGCUUUUCACACAUGCCUUUUGCCUUUUUCAAUUGUAUAGUUUCCAGCUGGGCACUCUGCCUGGUUACACGAAAUGAAGGUUUGAUUCUGCGUAUGUAAAGCUAGCUAGUGGAUGUUAUUUCUGCUGCACACCUGUCUAAUGUAAUGCAGUGUUUGGGCACACUGUGUGCUGUAGCACAUCUGCGGAAGCCAGGAGAUGCAAAACAGCUGUCAAGUUACAAUGGUUAAGGAUUUUAAAAUUAAUUUUAAAUGACGCUGUUAGCCGGUCUUGAACUGUUAUCGCAACGAUGUAGCAACCUGGUCCUGCUGACCUUACCUACCUGUCAACACGAAAGCCUCCAGUUGUUGAAGCUGACACCAAUUACAUGUCGUCUAGCUUUAGAGGAAUGGAAUCUGAAAGACCAGAACGCCAAGUUUGACGGUUUUUCACACGUCUGUUUUUACACCCCUGGUCACUGUAGUUCCACCCAUCAAUGCACGAGACAGCCUGCUGUAUACCUGAAAAACAGAUGGGAAAGGUUAUUGUUCGAGUUGUGUGUUACUCUUCUGUAAAGAAACCUGUUUACAUUAGAAAAACCGUUUUGUGUGUGAAUUAUUUAAUAUCCUAACGUAGUACAAGUCUUUUAAAACAAACUAAAUGAAGGCACAUGCUUCACAGAUGAAAUAGCAUAUUCUCUGGCAGGAGUUAAUGCACUGCUAUUGUAACGUGUACAGUAUUUGACAAUUCCCUUUGUCAUCGUGCAACAUGUAUAUGCAAUACUAAAUACUUGUUGUCCUGUAAUCUUUGAAAUGUAAUAAAAUUAUAUUCUACUUUA